ACUAUAUGAGCAAGUGCAGCCGAAGCGCAGAGGGACAAUCACACCAUCCUUCUCCGUGUGCGGAUAACCACAGUACUGUCACAUUCUCACAGCCAUCGGGAAUUUUUUAAAAUAAAGGAGCAACAAAGGAUACAACAAGGAUUGUUGCCACGGCAGUGUCCCAAAAGAAGCCGGGCAAGAUGAGUGUAAACGUGAACGACUUUAAUGACAUUUUGGAAGCGCUGGGUGAUCUGAACUUCUCAACCCUGGACGAUAACAUGUCCCACGUUGUGGGAGAGGUGUGUCACAGCGUCUUCAGCCAGAAAGCCUUGCUGUAUGCCCUCUCAAUUCUCUACAUCUUCCUCUUCAUCAUUGGCCUGGCCGCCAAUGCUCUGGUGGUGUGGGUGAACGUGCGAGCUGAGAGGAACCGCUACGAGACUCACUUGUAUAUCCUGAACCUGGCCAUUGCUGACCUCUGCGUGGUGGCCACUCUUCCAGUCUCCAUUAGUUCUCUGCUUCAGCUCGGGCACUGGCCAUUUGGAGAUGCCAUGUGCAAAAUCACACACCUGAUCUUCAGCGUCAACCUCUUCAGCAGUAUCUUCUUCCUCACCUGUAUGAGUGUGGAUCGCUACCUCUCUGUGACUCUUUUUGGAGACAGUCCCAGCCAGAAGAAGAAAAGGACAAGGCAGCUAAUCUGUGUUGGCGUUUGGUUGCUGGCCCUGAUCGCUGCCCUGCCUGAAACGUACUUUCUCCAGGCUGUAAAGUCAAGCCAUUCAGACAGCAUUGUAUGUAAGCCCGUCUACCCAAUGGACAGUAUACGAGAAUGGACGGUGGGAAUCCAAAUGAGCUUCAUCAUGUUAGGGUUUGCCAUCCCAUUUCCAGUCAUUGCAGUGUUUUAUGUCCUUCUGGCCGGGACCAUUCAACCAUCUGCUGACCAUGAACGGCGAAUCAGUCGUCACCUCAUUUUUACCUACAUUGUGGUGUUUGUAGUGUGUUGGCUGCCUUACCAUGGAGCAUUGCUGCUUGAUACCUUAGCCCUCCUCAACAUUCUGCCCUUCAACUGCACACUGGAAAACGUCCUCUAUGCUGCCCUAAAUCUCACCCAAUGGUUCUCCCUCCUUCACUGUUGCGUGAACCCCAUCAUCUACAAUUUUAUCAACAAGAACUAUCGCUAUGACCUCAUGAAAGCCUUCAUCUUCAAGUACUCAACCAAAACUGGCCUCGCUAGGCUUAUCGAUGCCUCACAUGUGUCUGAGACAGAAUACUCUGCUGUUGCUGUAGAGAGCCAAGGUCCAUUAUGAACAUUUCACAGUGGUGUUGAUCAACACCAAACCGCUAUUAAAAGCUCAGAUAUUAACGGGGAACAGUGAUAAAGAGAUAAAACUCUCUGUCUUGUUCUUGGGACACAAAAGUAUAUGUUUUGUAAAAUAGCAAAACAGGAAAACUUUAUGUACAUACAGUUUAUGCUCCUUUAUACAGAGAGGAAUGUUUAUAUCUUUUGUAAAUUUUUACGACCAUUAUAGAUGUUUUGAGAAAGCACUUGUUCCGACUUGAUUUGUAAGUAAAGUAGCCUUGUUUACUGCAUGUAGCUAGGCGUAUCAGAGAGACUCGUAACCCACUCUCCACUUAUCUGUGUUUUUUUCUCUAUCAGCCAGCCAGAAAGGCUCCAACAUGUUAGACUAAAGGUCACGGUUUCAUACACAUUAAUGUUCAGCUAUGACUAUGGAAAAAGGAAGUGGAAUAUGGAAAACCCAAACAAUUGUGGAGAGAAACCUAGGUCUAAAUAAAGGUUAGAUUUAGCUAUUGUAAAUUGAUGUAGUGUGCUAUACUUCUUGUGGAAAAUAAUCGACUUUAUGCAUACAAGUGCAUUUCAGCAACAAUGUUAGGAGCAUUGUACAUGAUUUGUAAAUAAUAUGAUAUUUAUAUACUCAUGCGUGUGUAUGUUCAGUAUUUUGAAGUAUUUUCUGACAUAUAAAAUAUACAUUAUUGAAAUAAAAGAUGUAUCAUUCUUGCAA